GAUAUGAAGUGACUGGCAACACAGCAUUUCAAAGAGCUUUUUAAAAAAAAUCUAAGAUGUCGUUAUCCAAGUACACAUCAACACCAGAGACCACUAACAUGGCUCGGCUGGCAAGGCUCAUACUGGGACCCUGUACUGAUGUGUUACGUGAUAUUCUUAAAACGGAAAUUCCCCCGUCUGAUUUAUCCAAGAAAGUCAAACAAUGGACUGAUGAUCUCAAGAAAAACAAAAAACGGAACCCGCUUAUUCCAUCACAAAAUGACACCAUUUUUCCCUCACCGACGAAUCAGUAUGGAGGAAACUAUUCAGACCUGGAUAUAUCUUUACUGUAUACAAUUCUAAGAAAUGUCAGUAAAAUACCUCCACAUUCUAAGGGUUGGGGCGAGACUCCAGACCACGCCGAUAGAAGUGUCGCCGCAAACAUCGAACGAAUUCGUCUUCUUAGGAACAAAUUCUACGGCCAUUCUGCCGAUAUAUCGCUCUCUGACUCAGAAUUCAGGCAGGAAUGGCGAAUCAUCUGGGAUAUCAUUGUUGAGUUAGAGCGACAUCUAGGGACGUCUACUGUCUACCAAGAGUCUGUGAAAAAAGUAAAAACAUGUUCCAUGGACCCAGAACUUGAACAUAGAUACAUUAACCGACUUGGAGCUGUUGAUGGACUACAUUCAUCUGUUUCUAAAUUUUCAGAGAAGUUGAGUGACAUGAAAAAGAAACUAAGUUUGCGCAUCGAUCCAAAACUUGAAAAAGCAAUAGGUAUGUUUAUGUCCUGAUGUUUCAAAAAAUUUGAAAAUCAUCAACACUUCUAAUUGCAUCAUCAAAACAUAUUUAACUAUGUA